AGAAACUUUACGUUCGUGUGUGAUCCCCAUUCAACAUGACAACCUACUUCAACUACCCACCACCUGAACUGCAGCAGGAACUGCGUCAGAUUGCACAGGCCAUAGUGGCACCUGGCAAAGGUAUCUUAGCUGCUGAUGAGUCCACUGCUACCAUAGGCAAGAGAUUUUCAGAAAUUGGUGUUGAGAACACUGAAGAAAACAGACGUCUUUAUAGGCAGCUGCUUUUCACAGCGGAUCCUUCUGUGGGUGAAAAUAUCUCUGGUGUCAUCCUUUUCCACGAAACCCUCUAUCAGAAGGCAGAUGAUGGAACUCCUUUUGUGGAGCUACUAAAGCAGCGCAACAUCAUUCCUGGCAUAAAGGUUGACAAGGGCGUUGUUCCAUUGUUCGGCUCUGAGGAUGAGUGCACCACUCAGGGACUCGACGACUUGGCACAGCGAUGUGCACAGUACAAGAAGGAUGGUUGCCAUUUUGCCAAAUGGCGCUGUGUGCUGAAGAUCAAGCGCAACACACCAUCAUAUCAGGCUAUUCUGGAAAAUGCUAAUGUACUGGCUCGCUAUGCCUCCAUAUGCCAGUGCAACCGCAUUGUGCCAAUUGUGGAGCCAGAGGUGUUGCCUGAUGGUGAACAUGACCUGGAGCGAGCCCAGAAGGUAACUGAAACAGUCUUGGCUGCUGUAUACAAGGCACUUAACGACCAUCAUGUGUACCUGGAAGGUACUUUGCUGAAACCUAACAUGGUGACAAGUGGCCAGUCAUGUCCUAAGAAGGCUGCACCAAUGGAAAUAGCGCAGGCAACAGUGACCGCCCUGAACCGUACCGUGCCCGCCGCCGUGGCAGGCAUCGUGUUUCUGUCUGGUGGACAGUCUGAGGAGAAGGCGUCAGUGAACCUUGAUGCCAUCAAUAAAUUCCCAGGCAAGAAACCCUGGCCACUGACCUUCAGCUAUGGCAGAGCUCUGCAGGCUUCUGUUCUGCGUGCAUGGAGUGGGAAGCCUGAAAAUGUUGCUGCUGCUCAGGAAGAACUGAAGAAGAGGGCUAAGGCCAAUGGUGAUGCUGCACAAGGAGUUUAUGCUGGAGGUGUACAGGGAGCAGCUGCUGAUGUUGGUCUUUUCAUCAAGGAUCAUGCUUACUAAUUUCCCAAGAGCAAAAAAUAAAAUAAGAACUAUGGGUAGACUAUAUGUGGGUCACAAAGGCCGUGCCGUGAACACCAUCUGGAAAAAAAAAUACACAUAAAGUUUGUAAUAACAUUUGACGCAUUUUCUCCUAUUUUAGAUGGUUAA